CUCAUCGUCUUUAACCUUCUGACCUUUUUCUCCUAUCAGGAUUGGAACAGAACCUGGAAUACCUCUAAUCCGGACGUCACUCCGUGUUUCCAAAACACCGUCCUGGUGUGGGUGCCAUGCCUCUACCUGUGGAUAUGUGCCCCCAUCUAUGUGGUCUACCUGCGCAGCCGCCACCGAGGCUACAUCUGCAUGAAUCACCUGAACAAAGCGAAGACUGUUCUGGGCUUCUUGCUGUGGAUGAUCUGCUGGUCAGAUGUCUUCUACUCUUUCUGGGAAAGGAGCUACAGCAGCAGCACCACGGCGCCGGUCCACCUCGUCAGUCCCACCUUACUGGGACUCACAAUGCUGCUGGCCACCUUCAUCAUCCAGUACGAUCGGAUCAAAGGCGUUCAGUCCUCUGGACUUCUGCUCAUCUUCUGGCUGCUGGCGCUGCUCUGCGCCUCCGUCUCCUUCAGGUCCAAGAUCCUGCAGGCGCUGGAGGAGCCUGAAACAGUGUCCGUCUGGAGGUCCACCACCUUCUACCUGUCCUACGUCCUGGUUCUGCUGUCCCUGGUUCUGUCCUGCUUCACCGACCAGCCGCCGCUCUUCAGUCAGGCGGUCAAAGACACGAACCCGUGUCCUGAACCCGGAGCCUCCUUCCUCUCCAGGAUCACCUUCUGGUGGAUCACAGGUGCAGGUCCAACAGGAGGACCAGAACCAGUGCUUCUAAGAGCGUCUGAUCCAGAGGUCAGUGUUUCCCUGAAGAGGCUCCGAGUCUUUCUGUCCCACGAGGAGCUUCAGGCAGACAGCGUGGACCACCAAGCCCUGGGUGGCUCGGGACACAGCAUCUCCAUUGUGGACGGAGUCUUCAGCUGGUCCAGGACGGAGAACCCGACGCUCAGGAGGCUGAACGUGUCCAUCCCAGAAGGCUCGCUGGUAGCAGUGGUGGGGCACGUUGGCUCAGGGAAGUCCUCUCUGCUGUCUGCCCUGCUGGGAGAGAUGGACAAACUGGAAGGAAGCGUGGCUGUGAAGGGUUCUGUGGCCUACGUUCCACAGCAGGCCUGGAUCCAGAACUCCACGCUGAAGGAGAACAUCAUGUUCGGCCAGGAGAUGAGGGAGGACUGGUACCAGCGGGUGGUGGAGGCCUGUGCCCUCCAGCCAGACCUGGAGAUCCUCCCUGCUGGAGAUCAGACGGAGAUCGGAGAGAAGGGGGUCAACCUGUCUGGAGGCCAGAAGCAGAGGCUGAGCCUGGCCAGGGCCGUGUUCUGCGACCGGGCCGUGUACCUGCUGGAUGACCCGCUCUCUGCCGUCGACGCUCACGUUGGAAAGCACAUCUUCGACCACGUCAUCGGCCCGCAGGGCCUGCUGAGGGACAAGACCCGGGUGCUGGUGACCCACGGACUGAGCUACCUCCCCCAGACUGACCUCAUCCUGGUCAUGGUGGAGGGUGAGAUCACAGAGGUGGGCUCAUACCAGCAGCUCCUGGCCAAAGAGGGCGCCUUUGCAGAGUUCCUGAAGACGUACGCCAACGUGGAGCAAAGUGAAGAUGGUGGUUUAGCAGCUGAAGCUAAGAGUGAAGCGGCAGCGCUGGAGAACGGAGAUGUUCCUGCUCUCAUCGGCGGCUCUGCUGCCACGGCGCAGACCACAGCGUCUGCAGAGACCGAUGGAGGCGCCGACCUGAACAAGAAGGCCAAGAACCCUGAGAUGGGGAAGCUGACGGAGGCUGACAAGGCCAGCACUGGGCGGGUCAAGCUGGCCAUAUUUUGGGCCUACCUGAAAGCCAUUGGUGUGAUUCUGUCCUGCAUCAGUCUGCUGCUCUUCCUCACCCAUCACGUGGUCUCCCUUUUCUCCAACUACUGGCUCAGCCUGUGGACGGACGACCCCGUGGUCAACGGCACCCAGCCGUACAGACUCACCAGGCUGGGGGUGUACGGCGGUCUGGGCCUGACCCAAGGUGUAGCAGUCUUUGGUUAUUCCCUCUCCAUGUCCAUCGGGGGCAUCAUGGCUUCCCGCUACCUCCACCAGUCCUUACUGUACGACGUCCUGCGCUCACCCAUGUCCUUCUUUGAGAAAACCCCGAGCGGCAACCUGGUCAACCGCUUCGCCAAGGAGAUGGACACCAUUGAUUCAGUAAUUCCCAACAUUCUCAAGAUGUUCAUGGGAUCCAUGUUCAACGUGUUGGGUUCGUGUCUCAUCAUCCUGUUUGCCACGCCAUUAGUGGCCAUCAUCAUUCCUUUCCUGGGGCUGCUCUACUUUUUUGUGCAGAGGUUCUAUGUGGCAACGUCUCGCCAGCUGAAGCGCCUGGAGUCUGUCAGCCGUUCUCCCAUCUACACCCACUUUAGCGAGACAUUGCUGGGCACCUCUGUCAUCCGAGCUUUUGGCGAGCAGGAGCGUUUCAUCCAGCAGAGCGACCAGCGGGUCGACCACAACCAGAAGGCCUACUACCCUGGCAUAGUAGCCAACAGGUGGCUGGCCAUUCGCCUGGAGUUUGUAGGAAACUGCAUCGUGUCGUUUGCUGCCCUGUUCGCUGUGAUGGCCAGAGACCAGCUCAGCCCAGGCAUCAUGGGGCUUUCCAUCUCCUAUGCCCUGCAGCUAACCACGUCUCUGACCUGGCUGGUCAGAAUGUCCUCUGAUGUAGAGACCAAUAUCGUGGCUGUGGAGAAGGUGAAGGAGUACUCCAGCACGGGAAAGGAGGCCCAGUGGCAUCACCAGCCGCCCACCGUACCCCCUGGCUGGCCCACCCAGGGCUGCAUCGACAUUCAAGGUUUUGGUCUGCGCUAUCGCCAUGACCUGGACCUGGCCAUUCGCGACAUCACCAUCACCAUUAACGGAGGAGAGAAGGUGGGGAUUGUUGGCAGGACUGGAGCAGGGAAGUCCUCCCUAACCUUGGGCCUGUUCCGGAUCAUCGAGGCAGCGGAAGGACAAAUCUUCAUUGAUGGAGUGGACAUCGCUAAGCUAGGCCUCCACGAGCUUCGCUCCAGAAUCACCAUCAUCCCACAGGACCCCGUGCUGUUCUCCGGCUCUCUGAGGAUGAACCUGGAUCCUUUUGACUCCUACUCUGAUGAGGAAAUCUGGAGGGCAUUGGAGUUCUCCCACCUCAAGAACUUUGUCUCAGGCCUGACCAACAAACUGGGCCAUGAGUGCAGCGAGGGAGGAGAAAACCUCAGUGUGGGUCAGAGGCAGCUGCUGUGCCUCGCCAGAGCUCUGCUGAGGAAGACCAAAGUCCUGGUGUUGGACGAGGCCACCGCUGCCGUAGACAUGGAGACGGACAACCUGAUCCAGUCCACCAUCCGCUCACAGUUUGAGGACUGCACGGUUCUGACCAUAGCGCAUCGCCUGAAGACCAUCAUGGACUACACCAGGGUUCUGGUUCUGGAUAAAGGCCAGAUGGCCGAGUUCGACUCGCCGUCCAACCUGAUCGCCAGCAGAGGACUGUUCUACAAGAUGGCCAAAGAUGCUGGGCUGUUCUGAUUAGAACCGCACCUCGCCGGGUCCAGCAGUGCUGGACCGGCCCGACUAGACUAGAGGGGCCCUGUACUUUAAGAGCAGCAGGAGAAGCAAACAGAACCGUUUGGAUUUAGAUUUUUAAAGGAUUCUGUUCUGCAAGCUUCAGCCUGAGGUCCAACCUGCUGCUUUCAGAACCGUCUGUCUGCUUCCUCCUGUUCUGGUUCUGGUUCUGGUUCCUGACCAGGCAGCAAUAAUCCAAAGGUGCCAAAUGCUCCAUUUUGUAGAAUCUUUUAUUUGAGAACCGGACUCAGAGUUUUGGGCCCGUUCUGCUGAAGCUCAGGAACCAGAACCAGCAGAACUCACCUUUCAGCCACAAACCUUUAAUGCUUUUCUGAUGGAUCAACAGAACCAGAACCAAAGAAGUCACUCUCCAGGCCUUCACAGUGGAAGUUCUGCAGGUUUUGGUUCAGUUCUGCUGACCAGGAGGAACCGGAUCCAACCAUCAUUAGAAACGGUUCUGGUUCUCAAACCAGAGUCAGCUUUAGUUUUCAUUUGGAUCUUUGUUAUAUUUUCUGUGGGUCGGUGCAGCAGAGCCAGACUGGUUCUGAUCUGGUCAGGUUCUAAUCUUUAUGUUUACAGCUUUUAAGGCUUCAAUAAGUACCAGGUCAAUAAAUGGUUCCUGUUUGAACUAAAGUUCUGGAGAACUUGUUGCUCACAGGACCUCCAGGUUGGACAUAGCUUAAAGCGAGCCAGAGAG